AGCAGGGCGGUAGUAUGGCAUGUAUAAUGAUUUAUAUAAAUUAAACUGAGUAGUAGUGUGUAGCAGGGAGAGAGUAUGUCAUGUCUGGUAUUUGGAGGUUUUAAAAACUAAUGGUAAUUUAUAUUUUAGGGAGGUAAAAAUAAAGUCACUUGGUAGUUAUUACAUUACUGGAUUCCAGUGGGUUUUUUUUUAAAGCAGACUACUUUGGGAGAAUAUACUUUGAAACAACAUUUUAACUUAAAAAAAACAAACAAAAAAAAACAUGAAGUUUCAUUAGCUCCCAUUAGAUAACAAAAUGUGUAAUUCGUCCCCUUGUCCAGGUGGGGCUGCUGAGUUGACGCUUUCACCGGCCUCCGUGUCGUUUCCUUUAUUCAGCGUUACAGGAAGGAGUUAGUUGGCAAACGUUCCCAGCUGAAGCCAAGUCGGUGCAACAUGGACGGGCCGGACACCGCAGCGAUCCUCCCCGGCGACGUGCUCAGCGCUGAGUCGACCGACGAUGAAACCCACGUGCAGCCCGAUGUAACGUCACCGACAACCCGCUCCGCACGCCCGCCGUGGCGAUGCUCGCUGCCGGUGUCCGUGGAGCCGGUGCUGUUCCUCUCCAUGUUCUCCCUGGCCCUGCAGUCGCCUCUGUCCACGCAGUACCUGUGGGACCGCAUCAGCGAGGACCUGGGCUACAACGGCUCCAAGAGGUCGGAGUGCACCAAUGGCUCCGCACCUCCAGACCCUCUUCAAACGGAGGUGGAAACCUUGACCGCCCACUGGAACCUGUACAUCAGUCUCGGGGGCUUUUCUGUAGGCCUGUUGGUGGUGCCUCUCCUGGGCUCGUGGAGUGACUUCGCAGGUCGCAGACCCGUCCUUAUCAUCCCCAACUUGGGCAUGGCCUUCCAAGCAGUGGUUUACCUGGUGGUGAUGUACCUGAAGCUGCCUGUGGUCUACUUUCUAGUGGGCAGGCUGCUUAGUGGCCUUUCAGGUGAUUUCAACGCCGUCCUGGCAGGCUGUUUUGCAUAUGUGGCCGACACCAGCGACCGAAGGUCCCGCACCUUCAGAGUGGCGAUCUUGGAGGCUUGUCUGGGCCUUUCGGGGAUGCUAGCAAGCAUCAUCGGAGGAAAGUGGCGGCAAGCACAAGGGUACAUCAAUCCAUUCUGGCUGGUCCUGGCCACUAACUUGGCUUCCGCUCUGUACGCUUACCUGUUUGUCUGUGAGUCCGUCCUGCCAGACCCCUGUGCCAAGCUCCUCACCUCUCGCCACUAUAAAGUGGCCUGGCACCUCUUCUCAACGGGAGGCAGCACCAGUGAGGCAGGUGGAAGACUUCACAGAUGCAAGCUGUGGCUUUACAUGCUGUGUUUCUUUGUCGUGGUGACUGUGCACAUGGGCAGCAGGGAUUUGUAUGUGUUGUAUGAGCUGAGCUCACCGUUGUGCUGGGGGCCGGACCUCAUUGGCUACGGAUCAGCAGCUCUUCACCUGGCCUACCUGAGCAGUCUGCUGGGGCUGAAGAUCAUGCAGCGCUGCCUGGAGGACUCCUGGGUGGCUCUAGUGGGUCUGGCCUCCAAUAUCAUCGGGCUGGUGGUCUUCUCUGUAGCCGACACCACCCAGCUCAUGUUCACAGGUUAUGGUCUGUGUUUCCUCUUCAUGGCUGUAACGCCUGUGCUCAGGUCAAAGCUGUCUAAGUUGGUGGGCCCAUCAGAACAAGGUGUCCUGUUUGCCUGUGUUGCCUGUGUGGAGAGUUUAUGUUUUCUGGUGGGCAGUGGCCUCUUCAAUUCCCUCUACCCAGCCACACUGCAAUUCAUGAAGGGCUUCCCUUUCCUUCUUGCCGCCAUCAUCCUCUUCAUCCCUGCUGGAAUAAUUGGGACCCUGCAAUGUUUAGACAAUAGGAGAGAUCACAGAGACUCCAUGGCGUCCUGACCUGAAGAGAGGAACAUGUCACAGAGUUAAAGUUCAUCCUGGUGUCAGUCUAAGAGGUGAGCGGCUCUGACACAGACAUCCAUCUGUGGUGAGGGGAGAGACUUUUGACAAGGGAUCCGUUCAAGUCACACCAAAGUGAUCAAGAACAGAAGAUGAAGAAUCAAGAAUCUGACUGACUGACAUGACUGUUAAACCUCCUCUGUCUUAAUAAUUAGAUAGUGGAGACUGGGGCUUUGUCAAACCUUUGCUGGCCCUAAAAACUAACCACAGUCCUAUGAUGUUUCAUCAUGGCAUUUAUACAAAUGGAGUAAUGAAUAAGGUUUGAUAUAUGCUUUUAUUUUGUGAUUCUAUACAUUUCAAUACCGCGUAAUAGUGCCAAAGAGCGUGCCUUACAUUUCCAUUUUGAAUGUAUGAAUCGCUAUAGCUCAGAUAACACACUACAGGUUAAGGUGCUAACUCUAAUAGGAGGAAACUCCAAAACAUAUAAAGCAUGGGUGCAUCAAAGUGAGUUCACAGAGGGUCAAAAGGGAGGUGACAGAUAUAACCUCGUUUUUUUUGAGAAAUGCUUCAGAUCUACAAAUUAAGAUCACAUAGAAUGGGUGAAGCUUAAGUUUAUUUGACUUAAAGAUUUGGUUUUUUGACAAAAUAAAUCAGUUUUCAGCUAUCACAUCCUUGUCCUAUCUAGUCAACUCGGUGCAAAGGUGAAAUGUACUUAUCUUUUUGUACAAUUCAGAGGCAAAUAUUGUAAUUUUUUACUUAUCACUUCUUAGAUAAGUUACUACUUAAGUUUAUUUUGUUUUUCAUAUAUAUAUAGGGUAAGACUUACUUGAUCCCCAGGGGCAUAUUCACAAGCUACCCAACAGUACAUAAAGUAGUUAAAAUGAGCCACCUUUGCCAGCUGCUGCAUACGAGUGAUAAAUUAUUAUAAUCCAAUAAUGUAAUUUAGGUACUUUUGUUUUUGGUAUUUUACAUUUUUUGUAUUUUUAUAAAAAUAAAGUUUUAAAUGCAUAAUGUUUAUUUUAACAGUCAUUUUUAAAUGUGGUUCUGCUACUUUGAGCAAACCAAGUACCUUUUCCACUACUGUCUGUUUGCCUAGGUAUCCUCAAUCUAUUAGUGGAUGUUCUCUCUAGAACCCUCAAACGGUGAAGUUUAACCUUAGAUUCAUGUUAUGUCAGGGCAUGUCCAAACCUAACUCUCAGUAAUCCACAGCAGAGAGAGGGAGAGAAACUGUACGGCAGCCGGGGAAUAAUGAGUUACAUGUUGACCCUCUUCCCUCCACCACAAACAACACUGGAUAGUCCCAGAGCUCAGGUCCACAGCCGACAUGCACACAGGGGUCAGGUCCAAGAUGCACAAUGAGGGAACAAGAGAUGCCAAAUCUGCUUUAAAAUGCACAAAGGGAAGUUAAGAGGUUAAAUUAUGUAUUAACUCAGCUACUGUGAAUUGAUCAGCAUGACGAUUUUUUCUUCAGACGAAUUGUGUGACAAAACUGUCUUCUCUUUGUUGUAAUCAGUUGUGCAAUAUUUAUAAGUUGAAAUCAUUUUAUUUAUUGUAAGAGAACUGGAUCAUUUUGAUAAAAAACGAUGGUUCUAUUUGUUUCAUUUUACAUGCCACAUGUGAUUAAGUGAAGUUCAUAUAAAGGAUUUCACUGUUAAUUUUAUUUACAUCACCUUUUAUUUUUCACCAUGUUUCAAAUAAAGGGAUGAAAUUAUGUUUGUUUU